AUGCAGUAUACUACCCCGGUUCCGGUUUUUGUCCAGACUUCUCGUCACCCUGCUCUUACGCUUCAUGCCCGUCCACGACCCCGGUUUUGCAUCCUGCGUCCCGGGGGAUUUUGGACGCCGCUGAUUCCACUUGACGAGCUGCCUUCUUGGUUAGAAAUUUGCAACUGGGCUCCUGACAUGUAUACGGGAAUGUACCCGGCAUCAAUGACUUUUAUACCACGAGAAGGGGAAUAUGACAUCGUCUGUCAUCACUGCUCGCAUCGAGUGGACUCGCUGCACCAGAGCGUCUCAGAACGAGAAGCUCCUUCUGUGGCUGCCGCCAGUAAUGGCACCUCGACCAAAGACAGUCCUGAACAGCGCGUCUCGCCAAACGCUUACCACUCUGAUGCUGUUUCCUUGCCUACGGUGCUCCAUCAUGGCUCCUCGGAGAAUUUCUUGGAACAGCCUCCUUUCGGUGCAAUGCUCCAGGCCCCUUUUGUUGGAAUGUGUGUGGUCGACAUGAAUUCACAGUAUCCGGAUACUUCCCAAGACCCUGCUGGGCCAAAACGACGCAUGAGCAUCGAGAACCCGAUUCCUCCUCAGAUCUUUGGUGCAGUUGGUAUUGGCAGCCCUCCUCUUUCUGUGGCCAAUUCGGGGAAUGCUCGCCGGCCGGACUCCCUUUAUCCACAUGCACACGAUACUGGAUCGUUUGGCAAGCCCAAGCGUGUUGAAUCACUGCGAAAUGAAAGCGUUGCAUCAAUGCAAAGUGGCAGCGUUGCGUCCACUCGAUCUCUCACAGUUGCUGCCAUCGAGCAAAUGAAGAGGAUUCGGAGAAGAAGGCUCUCUCGCGGAAGCAGUUUGAUUGCAAGCAUCAGCGUCGCAGAAGCACCGGAUCUGUCUCAGGUCUCAAGCUCAAAGAUUUCAAAGGUCUCAAAGGUUUCCUCUAUCCGUGUUAUCUCAAAGCAUCGCCGAAAGGUUAUCCUGCGUCGUCGGCGCGCAGAAGGAAGGGAAGUCCCCAAACCACAGUUAGAGAUCUCAAUGGAGGCGGCAAAGAUCACUCCGGAGCAACCUAAUUCUGCUACCAAGAGACGUGAUCGUCGCGAGCGCAUGAUGCAACGCAGAAAGCAAUCUGAUCGGGGCAAGCAACCUUAUCGAAACAUGAUGCAGAUUCCUCAUUGGAGCCCGGGUAAGUGCAAGCACUGA